UUUGUAGCGAGAACAUUCUGGUGCCAUUCUUCUUAAGGGCGUGCUUUUGAAACCCCUUCUGCCCAGACUAGGAGAAAAAGAAAGAAACCCGCACUUUAUACAAGAGGCAUUUUUCCUUUAAAACAUACCGAUAACAUACCAAGAAAGAUCUUCUGUCUGGACGAGCUACUUUCCGUUGUUUUCCAUGGGACCCUCAAACUUGUUAUCAUUUGCUUUCUGUGGCAUUCUCAUUUUUCAAGUGAAUGCGCAGAUCACACUGGAUGACUGCUGUGCAAAUGGACAGGAAUGGGCUGGUCAGAGGCAGGAUUGUAGGGCCCUUGCAUCAGACUCACAAAUGUGUAGAAUAGCACAAGAGCAGUGCUGCAUUGCUGCGCAGGAUGAUAACUACUGUACAACAGGUAUCAAUCUGGCCAAGCAGCACGGAGAGUGUGAGACUCUGUACACUGACGCCACUAGCUGUGAAGCAAAGAACAUUAAGAGGUGUUGUAACUGCUGUCUCCUGGGAAAGAACGCCCAGCAGCAAGGUCUGAGCUGUGAACAGAACCUGUCCCUGGGUUACGAAUGUGGACUGGUGUACAGAGCAUGCUGUGUCGAGGGACAGGAGACCGGGACCGCUCUGCUAGCUGUGCAGCCUCCACAAGAGCCUGCAACCAGUGAACAGGAUGACCCAUACCUUAACGACCAGUGUAGAGGAGCGGCUCACUGUUCACAACAGUGCCGUGUGACUGAAUCGGGAGCCACCUGCUCCUGCUUCCAAGGUUACAAGCUCAAACCAGACGGGCACACUUGUGAAGAUAUAAAUGAGUGUCUGCUGGGCUCUCAUAACUGCCGCAGUGGUGAGAGGUGUAUCAAUACCAAGGGGGCAUUCCGCUGCCAGCGGGAAGUCAGCUGUGGGACCGGCUAUGAACUGACUGACAGCAACAACUGUCAAGAUAUUGAUGAGUGUGAAACCGGGACUCAUAACUGCGCUCCUGACUUUGCUUGUCAGAACACACAGGGCUCGUUCCGAUGCAAGCCUCUUGUGCAGUGUGGAGAAGGCUUUAUCCAGGAUGCUCAGGGAAACUGUAUUGAUAUCAAUGAGUGUAUGCGUGCCAGUGGGCCCUGUCCUUCUGGACAAGUCUGCAUCAAUACCGUGGGCUCGUUCAGCUGCCAGAGGAAUUCCAUCACCUGUGGCCGCGGAUACCACCUUAAUGAAGAAGGGACCCGCUGUGUCGACAUAAAUGAGUGUACCAGCCUGUCCCAGCCCUGCGGUCCAGGUCAUGCGUGCAUCAACGUUGCUGGAACGUUCCGCUGUGAGUGCAGUGCCGGGUACUACUUUGACAGCAUCAGCAGGAGCUGUGUUGAUACCAAUGAGUGUAGGCGCUACCCAGGACGCCUCUGUGCUCACAAGUGUGAGAACACCCCUGGUUCUUAUCAUUGCAGCUGCACCACUGGCUUCAAGCUGGGAAGUGAUGGCAGGAACUGUGAAGAUCUGAACGAGUGUGAGAGCAAUCCCUGUAGUCAAGAAUGUGCUAAUGUGUAUGGUUCAUACCAGUGUUAUUGUCGCCGUGGUUACCAGCUGAGUGAUGUAGACGGAAUUACCUGUGAAGAUAUUGACGAGUGUGCUCUACCUACUGGGGGACACAUCUGCUCCUAUCGCUGUCACAACAUCCCAGGCAGCUUCCACUGCACCUGCCCUACCACAGGGUACACCCUGGCCCCCAACGGACGCAGCUGUCAAGAUAUUGAUGAAUGUGUAACAGGAACACACAAUUGCACUGGCUCUGAGACCUGCUUCAACGUACAGGGUCACUUCAAGUGCUUGUUAUUUGAGUGCCCGGACAAUUACCGCAAAUCUGGAGAAGCGGUUCGAGUAGACAGAACAGAAACCAUUCGCUGCAUCAAGUCCUGCCGUCUAAAUGAUGUGAACUGUGUGCUGGACCCGAUCCAUACAGUGUCCUACACGGUCAUCUCUCUGCCCACAUUCAGAGAGUUCAACACACCUGAAGAGAUCAUUUUCCUGAGAGCAAUGUCCCCAGCCCAUGCCACUAUCCAGUCAGAUAUCGUGUUUGAUAUCACAGAAGGCAAUGUGAGAAACUCCUUCGACAUCAUCAAGCGGUUCGAACGUGGCAUGACAGUCGGUGUGGUGCGGCAGGUGAAGCCCAUUGUCGGGCCCUUGCACGUCGUGCUGAAGCUGGCAAUGAACUACGUCAUCAGAGGGGUCGUUUCUCAUCGCAACCUUGUCAACGUCCACAUCUAUGUCUCUGAGUACUGGUUUUAAAAAUAUGAAACUGUGUUUUUUUUCUUAUUAUAUGAAGCAAGUCUGGCCCGAAUAUUUCUAAAAGAAGGAAUUUAUGUCCCAACAAAUUCACAAAAAAUUGUAUUGGUGUACUGAAAAAGAAAUGUAAAAUAUUUCUCAUUCUUAUGUGCUUGCUGGGGAUGCUUUCUGUUGAGUCAAUUACAUUUCAGUUAUAUGUGAAUUACCAGUUUGAAUUCAUGUGAGGUAAACACCUUGUGAUCAACAUUCAGCUGUCCCAGUGUUCCCAGGACCCUCCUGCAGUUGAGGUGGGAGUUUUAAUCAAAUCACGAUGCAUUCUAGUACUUCUAGUCCUUCAUCCCUUAAAGAAAAGAGAGGUAAAAUAAAUUAGAUUUGUGUUAAAAAAUUUGACUUGCCUCAAUGUCACAGUUAACCUAGAGUCACAUGGUCACCCUGCAAAAGCAUCAAACCCUACAAACAGAAUGUAGUCAGAGUAACAACCUGAUAAUUACUAUUACUUGCAACUACUGGCUUAAAUUAAUGCGGUUUUUGUGAAUUACAGUGUUACUAAGUAGUUAUUAUGUGAUUACAUUGCUAUUGAUGAUGGAACUUAUAAAAGCAUGACAUUUAAUUUUAGCAGUGCCAUACUGGUUUAAUAAUAUUCAUAACAAGUUAAAAGGAGAUACCAUUGCAGUCUUCAAUAUACAACUUAACUGUUGCUUUAUGUUAAAACAGUAAGAUACGGAUAUAUGAAAUCCUAUGCUUUGCAAUAGCUGCAUACUUCAACAAUGUAAUAAAAUUCUUUCAAAAUCUAUUAUAUUGAACCGGACAUAUGGCAUAUGGCAUUAUGAAACAGUUUCUUUAUCAGUAUAUUACAUUAUAUAUAUAAUAAAAUGCUGUUGAUUGUGCAACAGUUGACACCGUCAAUCUUUCACCCUUUUACUGUCUAAAAUUUAAAACAUGUGACAGCAAACAUCAUGUUGUUAUUUAAAUAAAUGAAUUCAAAUUCUA